AUGUCAGAACCUCCUCAAUCCAGAACCAUAUGCCUCAUCGGCGACAUCCACGGCUACAUAACCAAGCUCCAAAAUCUCUGGUCCAAUCUCGAAAACUCAAUCGAUCCACCACACUUCAAAACCGCCACAAUCAUCUUCCUAGGCGAUUACUGCGACCGAGGCCCUCAAACUCGCCAAGUAAUCGACUUUCUCAUCUCCUUACCUUCCCGUUACCCUAACCAGAAACACGUGUUCCUCGCCGGAAACCACGAUUUCGCCUUCGCCGCCUUCCUCCGCCUCCUCCCGCCGCCGACUGACGGGUCUGAGUUUUCGGAAGGGUGGAAGGAGUUUGAGGAUAAUGAAGACAGAGAAGGGUGGUUUAAUGGGGAUGGAUAUGAGAAGAUGCAUUUGCAGGGGAGAAGAUGGAGUGGGAAUAUAAAGGCUAAAGUUAAUGUUGCUAAAGGUACUGAGUAUCAGGGUUCUAUUUAUGAUGCUAGACCCACUUUUGAGUCUUAUGGUGUUCCCCACGGUUCAGCAGAUUUGGUUAAGGCAGUUCCUGAGGAGCAUAAGAAAUUUCUUGCGGAUUUGGUUUGGGUCCACGAAGAGGACGAAGUCUUUAUGAACACUGAUGAUGGAGUUAAGUGCUGCAAGUUGAUUGCUGUUCAUGCUGGUUUGGAGAAAGGUGUAGAUGUGAAAGAGCAGAUGAAAUAUUUGAAAGCUCGAGAUACUCGAAUACCUAAGUUGCAACCUCUAAGUGGUAGGAAAAACGUAUGGGAUAUUCCAGAGGAACUAAGCGCGACUUCAACCAUCAUUGUUAGUGGUCACCAUGGAAAACUCCAUAUUGAAGGCUUAAGGUUGAUAAUCGACGAAGGCGGUGGAUUCCACGAUAAACCAGUAGCCGCGGUUAUUCUUCCUUCCAUGAAGACUAUUCGUGAUACUGAUGUAUUGACAAAGUAG